AUGUCUCUUAUGGAUAGGAUAAGUGAGCUGCCUGAUGAUCUACUCUUGAGAGUUUUGUCGUUAUUGCCUGAUGCUAAAGAUGUUGUGUCCACGAUGGUUUUGUCAAAACGAUGGCAGUUUCUUUGGAUGUCUGUGCCAAGACUUGUGUAUGAUGAUAGCUACCAAAACAUUGAGUAUGGGAAGUUCUCGCGGUUUGUGGACAGGUCUUUGAUUGUGCACGAGACUCCGGUGAUAGAAACUUUGCAUUUCAAGCUUGGCAAAACCUGCAGUGCUGAAGAUCUUAAGGUGUGGAUUAGAGCUGCGAAUAAGUGCUCUGUGCGUGACCUGAUCAUCGAAUUCUAUUGCCCUUCUAAAGAACCUCCGGUCAUAGUUCCGAGGAUUUUGUACACGGGAUGUACAAAAAUGCUUGUGAAACUGAGACUAAAUAAUGUGAUUCUUGUCAAUUUCUCCUCACCGGUGUCUUUCCCCUCUCUCAAAACUUUGAGCCUUAUAUUAGUUAAGUAUCCUGAUGAUCAAUUUGUCAGCGAUCUUUUAUCCAAUUGUCAUGUUCUUGAAGAGUUGGACGUUGAAAGGUGUCUACAUGACAAUGUGACUGUUUUCGACGUGAGAGUUCCGUCUCUAAAGGGGUUAGUCUUCUAUAGCCCACAAAACAGAGAUAGUGAUGAUGAGGAUGGGUAUGUUAUAAAUGCUCCUUCUUUAGAAUACUUGGCCCUUAGUGUGGAAGAUGGGUUUUGUAUUAUUGAGAAUGAAAUGCCUAAUAUUGCUAAGGCAUACCUUGACGUUACACAUAGUCAUCCUGGGGAGAUUCUGAGUUCAUUUACAUCAGUCAAACGUCUCUAUUGUUGUUUAUCGACCUCGAAGGAUUUGUAUCCUGUUGGCACUGUCUUCGACCGUCUUGUAUAUCUAACGCUAUGCACAUGUGAGGCAGAGUGGUUGAAUCUACUUAUGUGUAUGCUCAGUGAUUGCCCUAAAUUAGGAGCUCUGAAACUCGAGCAGGUACAUAUUCACUCAUACUCUUACCAUCGGCCUCAUCAAACGCGCCCUCUCUGGAACGAACCGAGUUCAGUUCCUGAAUGUGUGUUAUCGAGUCUUGAAACUCUCGAAUGGGCAGGCUAUGGAGGAACGGAAGCAGAGAAAGAAGUGGUGAAAUUUAUGUUAAGAAACGGAAGCUCUUUGAAGAAAGUAACCAUCUCCUCCAAAUCCACUGAGCCUGACAAGAAAUUCGAGAUGAUGAAGGAGUUGACAUUGUUCAUCAGGCGUUCACCUACCUGCCAGCUUGCAUUCGACUGAAGCUAACAGUCACAUUAGUUGAAGUCUCUCUGUUUCUUGAAGUCACAGUUUGUGCUUUCUUGAAGUCUUUUUACCAAUUUUAGCUAUUUGAAUUCCUUAUUUGAAUAGUGAAUUAUAUGCUAUAAUUCACUAUUUAUCUUUACUAGGUUUA